AGUUAGUACAGUCGCAGCCAGUUAAUUGCAAAACGCUUAUAAGAAAAAGUCUGCUAAUUGAAAAGAAUUGUGAAAACCCAAACCGUUUCCCAUUGGUACCAUUGUUUAUCGCGCCCCUUAUUUGAAAAGCCAAGGUCGGCUAAUUGAAAAGAAAAUUGUCAAGUUUCAAGACAUUUUCAACCAAAAAUAUCCCCCAAAAAUCGCCAAAAACGGCAGGAAUGCGCCGACAAUUUCCUGUACAAAGACAUCAAGCCGCCAAAGGGAACGAAGUUGUCUGUUAUGCGCUACAAAGGAGGGCGGUUUCUAUUGGAAUUUACGUUGAUAGCGCGGUCCGGCGGAGGGGCGCGCGUCGGCACGAGAUAAAAGAGACGCGCGUGCCGUCAAAGGCGGCGUUAUGCUUCCUUGUUCUUUUGUCAUGUUUCUUCAAAGAAUGUUUGAUUUCUUAGACAACUCAUUUUUUCUCAAUAAAAUCGCGUGUGUAUCUGUGUGCUGUCUCAUUACUGUUGAGUUCGUUUCGACUGCAACACGUUCGUUACCGACCAACAUGCCUAUCAACACGCCAGCGAAGAAGAGAGUGGACCUCACCAUAGCCGACAAGGUCAAGGUGAUCAAGCUUCUGGACAGUGUUCCAAAGCUGUCGCAGACGGAGGUGGGGAAGAGGUUCGGCUGCUCGACGGCGCAGGUAUGCAGGAUCAACAAGAACAGAGAGGAGAUCAUGCGACAGUGGGAGUGCAACAGCAACCCCAACAGGAAGAGAAAGAGAGAGGGCAAAAGCGGCGAGGUGGAAGAGGCCCUCAUGCGCUGGUUUGUUAAUGCCAGGGCCAAGAACGUUCCUCUCUCCGGUCCCAUACUCAUGGAGAAGGCCAGGCAGCUAGCGGAGUCCCUCGGAGACGAGAACUUCAAGCCUACCGACGGCUGGCUGGGGCGGUGGAAGCAGCGAAACGGCAUCGCCUUCAAGCGAGGGCAUGGUGAGAAGAAGGACGCGGACACUCAGUCUGCCGAGAACUGGGUUCGUGACGUCCUGCCGGGCAUCCUUCAGGAGUACGACGAAGACGACAUCUACAACUGCGAUGAAACCGGCCUACUGUACCGAGCACUGCCAAGUGGAACUCUGGCGCAGAAGACAGAGACUGUCUCUGGCAGCAAGAAGGCCAUGGACCGUAUCAGCGUCAUGUUUUGCUGUAACAUGACCGGUACCGACAAGCUCACACCCCUGGUCAUCGGACACAGCCGUAACCCCAGGUGCUUCAGGGGUCAGCGAGUCCCCCUGCCGUGGGAGUCGAACAAGAAGGCUUGGAUGACGGCCGCCAUCUUCAGAGAGUGGGUGCGGAAGAUUGACGUCGAGAUGGGAAGGCGCAGGAAGAAGAUCGUGCUUCUCCUGGACAACUGCACGGCCCACCCGCACGACAUCCCACUAGAGAACAUCCGCCUUGUGUUCCUGCCGGCCAACACAACGUCUCUCAUCCAACCACUGGACCAGGGCAUCAUUCGUAACUUCAAGGGCCUGUACAGAGCUCAGAUGCUACGACGAGUCAUCAGUGCCGUGGACAACGAUGAAAUCGACAACGCACAGAAGUUUGCCAAGACGACGACCGUCUUGGACGCCCUCUUCAUGGUGAGAGAGGCCUGGAAGGGGGUGAAAGACGUCACGGUCCGUAACUGCUUCGGCAAAGUCAGUAUUGAUGAACUGCAUUUUGUGAACUGCAUGUGA